AUGGUCAGUGGGGUGCCGGUCUUCAUCAAGGAAAACCUCGGCGAUGCUCUACGUUACUUUCGGAAGCACUACCCUUCUACAUUGCUCUGGGUCGAUGCGUUGUGCAUCAGCCAAGCAGAUCUGGACGAACGAGCUUCCCAAGUUGGCCUCAUGGUUUGCAUCUAUCGGCUGGCAGACGGCAUAUUUGCAUGGUUGGGGAAGCCUAGGGAUGAGGACAAAGUCCGUGCAGGGAUGGCAUUGAUGCGAUGCCUUCAUAACCAUGUCAGAGAGAACCACAAGAACAAGAUCAUCAAUUCCAAAAGACCUUUCUGGGGCCAGAUCACGGGAGUCAUUGAGUAUAUGCACAGGACUGAGGGCACUGACUUGUGGUACGCCUGGAAAGGUAUUCCCGAAAUAUUCACUUGCGCAUACUGGACCAGGCUUUGGAUUCAGCAGGAAGCCACGACGCCAAAGCCAAUUCAGUUCUGGCUAGGUGAUCACAGUCUGGAUGAUGGCCCAUUUUGUACUGUGGGGGACUGGCUCGCAGUGUUCAGCAAUGAUUCAAGGUUUCCGGACAACUUCCGCAGAGCUUGCGGUUACGACGAUAAAGUGGGACCUGUUCUCGCCUCGCGAACCACCUGA